UUACAGGUCUGGUGUAAAAAAGACGUCUUUUUGACAAGCAAGCAAGAGUUUCAGAGACAGACCAAAAAGGUAGCCUACUUGUGAACUGUGCUCAAAAUGAGAGUUCCUGUAAAACUCCUCGCCUUCGGCUUUUGGUUGCUUUCCUUAAAUUUUGCUCAAUGUCAAGAAUGUCUUCGAGGGGACAUUAAAUAUGCAGACAUAGUACCAGCUGAGAAAGCUUCAUACGCUGAUGGUGAAACAGUGAAAGUGAUCUGCGUGACAGGUUAUACUGGCUUGUAUAAAUUGAAAUGUGAAAAAGGAGAAUGGAAAAAUACCAUUGAGCGACCAUGUGCAAAGAAAAAAUGUAGUCAUCCAGGCGACACACCAAAUGGUGAUUUUAAACUUACAGAGGGGACAGAGUUUGUUUUUGGAGCAACAGUGGUGUAUACUUGCAAGAAAGGGUAUGAAAUGGCAAGCAGAAUCAAUCAGCGUACCUGCAGAGCUCAAGGAUGGGACAAUGCUGUCCCUGUCUGUGAGGUGGUGAAAUGUCCAGCCAUCCGCACAGAUGAGGGGGUGACUGUAUUGGGUAACGCAGAGGAGGGAAGUUAUGGUGAUAUUAUUCGCUUUGAGUGUGUAUCUUCUGACAAAAUGAUAGACGGAAGUAGUGAAAUUCACUGCGAUGAGACGGGAAAAUGGAGUGAUGUUGCUCCAAAGUGCAAAGACAUAACAUGUACAGCACCCACCAUACCAAAUGGAUCUGUUGUUGAUUCACAGCGAGAGUACAAGAAAGAUGCCACAUUAAAAUACAAAUGCAAAGAAACAUUCAAGCCCAGAGAGGGAAUCCCCAAAUGUGCUAAAUUUGGCUGGACUGUGAAACCAGAAUGUGAUGAAAUAACCUGUGAGCUGAAGUCAACUACAGCUGGAGUAAAAAAGAUCAACCCAGAUGGAAAGAUUAUUUUCAGAGCUCGAGAAAGUGUGGAGAUCACCUGCUCUGAAAAACACUGGUUCUUUUUUACUAAAGAAACCAGAAAAACAUUUACAUGCAAAGAUGAUGGAAAGUGGGACAAUGAGCCUGUUUGUGCAGAGAUUACAUGUGACGAUCCACGUGACCGGCUUGUGUCUAAACCAUACUACUGGGGAACAAUGAAAUUCGGAGAAAAACAAUCUUACACUUGUGUGAAUGGUUAUCGUGGAACAGAAGCAGAGGCCACGUGUACACGAGACGGAUGGACACCAAAUCCACUGUGUACUGAAAUUCUCUGUGACGUACCAAAAAUAAAAAAUGCAAAGAUUGUGGGACGUCAGAGAUCAAACUAUAGAAUCAAUUCAAAAGAAGAAUAUAGAUGUCUUUCUGGAUUUAAACCGGAGAAGCCUGUACAAAUCACCUGUGAUUCCCAGGGCCAGUGGAAAGACAUACAGCAAUGCAUUGAAAUAACCUGUGAGCUGAAGUCAACCACAACUGGAGUAAAAAAGAUCAACCCAGAUGGAAAGAUUAUUUUCAGAGCUGGAGAAAGUGUGGAGAUCACCUGCUCUGAAAAACACUGGUUCUUUUUUACUAAAGAAUCCAGAAAAACAUUUACAUGCAAAGAUGAUGGAAAGUGGGAUUAUGAGCCUGUUUGUGCAGAGAUAACAUGUGAUGAUCCACGUGACCAGCUUGUGUCUAGACCAUACUACUGGAGAACAAUGAAAUUAGGAGAAAAACAAUCUUACACUUGUGUGAAUGGUUAUCGUGGAACAGAAGCAGAAGCCACAUGUACACGAGACGGAUGGACACCAAAACCACUGUGUACUGAAAUAGUGUGUGCAGCACCUAACAUUCCAAAUGCAGAUAUUGUGGGACUUCAAAGAUCAAACUAUAAAAUUAAUUCAAGAAUACAAUAUAAAUGUCGCUCUGGAUUUGAACCAGAAGAGUCUGUACAAAUCACCUGUGAUCGCGAGGGCCAGUGGAGAGGCAUAAAGCAAUGCACUGAAAUGUGUGCAGCACCCACCAUCACAAAUGCAGAGAUUGAGCGAGGUCAUAGAUCAUACUAUAGAAUCUAUUCAAAUAUACAAUAUAAAUGUCGCUCUGGAUUUGAACCAGAGAAGCCUGUACAAAUCACCUGUGAUCGCGAGGGCCAGUGGAGAGACAUACAGCAAUGCACAAAAAUGUGUGCAACACCCACCAUCACAAAUGCAGAGAUUGAGGGAGGUCAUAAAUCAUACUAUAAAAUCUAUUCAAAUAUACAAUAUAAAUGUCAUCCUGGAUUUGAACCAGAGGAGUUUGUACAAAUCACCUGUGAUCACGAGGGCCAGUGGAGAGGCAUAAAGCAAUGCUCUGGUAUCUUACAGUUAAUUGGCAUGUUGCCUCUAAUUCCAUUGAAUGUGUUUGAUGGAUGUUUUACAGAAAUGUGUGCAGCACCCAACAUCACAAAUGCAGAGAUCGAGGGACCUCAGAGAUCAUACUAUAGAAUCAAUUCAAGUAUACAAUAUAAUUGUCAUCCAGGAUUUGAACCAGAGGAGUCUGUACAAAUCACCUGUGAAUCCCAGGGCCACUGGACAAGCAUACCGCAAUGCUCUGAAAUGCUGUGUCCUAAUCUAUCCGUGGAAAAUGGGUUCAUAUACAUCGACCCCUCCAACAAGAAAGAAAUCUUAUACUCCUGCGACCCGGGUUAUAAACCAUUCACUGGGAACUGGUGGGAUUCAGUUACAUGUAGAAAAGGAUCUCUGUCUGGCGAGGCUCGCUGCAUCCGGAAGGAAGAAUGUGGUGCUCUUCCCAGUGUUCACCAUGGAAAACUAACCCUUCGUGAUCAAGACACUGCUGAUGUGGAAUGUGAUCCAGGGUUCAUGUCAACUGAACACUCCAUAAAAUGCACCAAUGGUAGAUGGGAGAAACCAGUGUGUAAGGGCUGUGGCCUUCCUCCAAGUGUGGAAAAUGCAGUCAUAACAUCUAAACCUGAAGAAUUUUAUGUUAAUGGAUCUAACGUAACAUAUGCAUGCCGAACUUCAUACUUAAUCAUUGGAGAAAGUAAGGUUUUCUGUCGCAGUGGGACAUGGGAAGAAACACCAACAUGCCAAGAAGUAACCUGUGAGCUGAACUCAACCAUGUUUGGAAUACAAAAGAUCAAGCCAAAGGAAAACCUUUUCAGAGCUGGAGAAAGUGUGGAGAUCACCUGCCCUGAAAAACAUUGGUUCUUUUUCACAAAAGAAAGGAGCAAAUCAUUUACAUGCAAAGAUGAUGGAGAGUGGGACUAUGAGCCAGUUUGUGAAGUUGCCUGUGAGCUGAACUCAACCAUGUUUGGAAUACAAAAGAUCAAGCCAAAGGAAAACCUUUUCAGAGCUGGAGAAAGUGUGGAGAUCACCUGCUCUGAAAAACAUUGGUUCUUUUUCACAAAAGAAAGGAGAAAAUCAUUUACAUGCAAAGAUGAUGGAGAGUGGGACUAUGAGCCUGUUUGUACAGAGAUAACAUGUCCUCCACCACAGAAUGCAACAGAAGACUUAAAAAUUAGGAGCCAACUUGAUCCCGAGGGUCCAUACAAACCCGGACAAAAAUUAUAUUUUUCAUGCACUGGAAAAGGCCUCAAUUUAAAAGGACCAAAACAAAUUGCCUGUCGGAUGGAUGGAAAAUGGAGCAACCAUUUGCCUACAUGUGAAGUGGCGGUGGAGAAACUGGAAGAAGAGAUAUAGAGUUGGCCUAAGCUGAGUGGUAAUAGAUGUUCGCACCCCAUAAUGAUCACAUCAGAUUUAUAAUUCAGAAGGGGCAAAUUUUCAUAGUUGUUCCCCUAAGACAACAAUGAUGGAGUGAUGACUUUACCUGGGUGUGAGUAGCAGUGAGAAUAAAUCACUGCUGAAGCAACAAAACAAAUGUGAAAAAAAAAAAUCCUAAAUCAGUUACUAGAUUUUGGAUUUACUGCAAGUAAGACUUAAGAAAUGCUAAACACAAUGUUUAAAAAUGUCCAUGAUAAAAGCGGCAUUAAGCCAUUUAAUGUCAGCUCAGUGAUAUGUACAAUAUGUAUUAAAUAAAAUAAUAAUAAAAAUAAACUUGCAAAAACUC